CUCAAGUUACAGAAUUCCCAACUCGUUUGGUGAGCUGUCCCAACUCUCGAGCAGCUGCUGAAGUUUAUAUAAGAACAACUUUCAUCGGUUGUUGUUAAACUAUUAUAAGUGUAGGAAGAUGCGGUGGAGUAUAGAGUUGUUGAGAGUGUGUGUGGCGUGUUUAUCGUUGUGUGUUUCUGUGAUAAGCGCUUUCUCUCAGUCUCUGGACAGUGAUUUUACCUUUACUCUACCCGCCGGACGCAAAGAGUGCUUCUUCCAGGGUAUGAAGAAAGACGCUUCGCUGGAGAUCGAGUACCAGGUUCUGGAUGGAGCCAGUCUAGAUGUGGACUUCCACUUGCACUCGCCCAGCGGUCACGUCAUAGCCUCCGACUACAGAAAAUCUGAUGGGGUUCAUACAGUGGAAACAGAAGAGGGAGACUACAUGUUCUGCUUCGAUAACACAUUCAGUGCUGUUUCUGAGAAAGUCAUCUUCUUUGAGUUGAUUUUGGACAAUAUGGGUGACGGCGAGGAAUCAGAGGACUGGAAAGCAUACGUUCAGGGAGCAGAUCUUCUGGACAUGAAGUUCGAGGAUAUCAUGGACACCAUCAACAGCGUGAGAUCUCGACUGGGAAAGAGUCUUCAGAUCCAGACAUUGCUGAGAGCAUUUGAAGCCCGUGACCGAAACCUUCAAGAGAGCAACUACGAUCGAGUCAACAUGUGGUCGUGCACCAGCCUUUUCCUCAUGGUGAUUGUAUCUGGCAUACAGGUCUACUUGCUGCGCAGCCUCUUCAAUGACAAGAGGAAAAUAAACACAUAGCCUCCUCUGCUG